AUGUACAGCCGUGGCAACUUUAACGCUCCGAGGCGGGGAGUCAAACAACUCGCGAAAGACAAAUCGAAGACCUACACGCGGAUCGAUUCAGACAUUGCCAGCAACUAUUACAACGAGGACGACGAAGAGCCCACAGGUACCAAUUUCAUUAUUUUUUCCGAAUAUCAGCACAUUUUCUACUUAUUUCCACAAAAAAAGGGAAAAUUACGAAGAUAGUUGCACUACCAGAUUUCAAAUGCGUAUCGGGCAAAAAAUCGGUUUUUUUUUGUUUUGAAACCGACCCUAAAUUGUCAGAUUCCCGGGUGUUAUGACAAACUUACACAAUUUGAGAAAAGAUAUGGUCGUAGAUAGCUGUUUUUACGAAGAGUGUGUAGAGACAUUGAAAUAUAAGAAUCAAAUUAGUUUAUUUCAGAGAGGAAUUUAUUUUGAAAAAAAAAUUAUUGAGAGAUCUUACCGGCUGUCUGAGGUUGAAGGGGUUUUUCUAUAAAAGAGGUAGGGUAGAAUACUUGUUUGAAAAAUUCUUUUAUAGUGAAUUGAUUAAGUGGGUCAGAUUAAGAAGAUAAUCGGACGUUGCUAUAAAUAAAAACUUUCUUAGUAAAAAGGAGCGUAAGGGACUCUCCGUUAUUUUAUGGAAACAUGCAAACGAUCUGAUUCCAAAAUCCUACGAGAGAAACAUUUCGGAGACCAAAGGGCGAUACGGAAUUUUCUUUGUUAUUUCGUUUGAUAUUCACCUCCUUAGGAAUGAAACAAGUACGCUCUUUCUAGAGGAAGGAGAUUCUUUAUUUUCCUUGGGUUUACUCAAAAUUUUCUCACCUCUCCUUCAAUCUCGCUUGAAUCAGCCAUACAUUUAGAAAGGCAUGUUGCAGGACGAGUCUUGCCGCAGCAAAACCGCUACUUGAGCACCCAGCGACGCAAUUUCAAUGCUCCGGCCAACCGAUCGCCGCCCGCUUUCGUCGACAAAAAAGCGGAAAUGGUGUUUAAAAUCAAGGUGACUUUUUUUCUUAUUUUUCAUACUUUUAUCUGGGUUUUUUUUUUCAGGUCCCCUUUGGCGACAUCAAGUACACUACCAAGUGGAUCAUCAAGCAGUUGAACCAAAAAAUCGACAACAUCAAGAUUUAUCUCCCCACAGUUACUCCUCGCGGAGAUCUUGAGUUUAUUGUCAGGGUGGGUCUUAUUUAAAAAAGUUAUCGCAAAACUCUUUAGGAAAUCUCUUUAGGAACAAAACAAUUAAUGAAGUUACAGAAGGCAGGAAAAAAGGGGAGGGAAGCAUUAUAACUCUUGACUGCCAUUAAAUGAAUUUCCUUCAAAACGGCCACAGGAGAGUUCAGUUAUGAAGUAAUUUCAGGACGAAGACACUGCGGAGGCGAUCAAAGCGGUGUCGCGUCGCAUAAUUCAUCGCGAGACGGGAGAUCGCAUCGACUUCUUUCCUAGAAAAGUUCCGGCUCCUUGGCUUCGACUCAAGCCCGAAGAGCUCAAGACCAUUCAUGUUGGUUUUCUUUUAUUCAACUGAACCACAUUUUGAAUGGCUGCAGGAGGUUAUUGACAGUCGCUUCUCUGCUUCCAACCGCACGCUCAAUCUGGAAAACUUCGGCGCCGAUUCAGGUUAUUUCUAUUUUUUGCCAACUCACAAAAAUAUGUCUAGAAUCUUCUAAAAGUUUGAAAAAGCUAGAAAUAUUUUUCAUUCCACGAAAAAACGAUUUUUUAUUUUCUGAGAUGAUUUUUUUGUUUGCAGCAUUCAAAGCCAAAGACAUGGACAUGGUUCUGACAAAAAACAACGUUAUUCUGGCCGUCGUCGACAGAAUCGACGAGAAAUACGGCAACCUGGAAGUUCUCAUUCUGAGCGUAAGAUUUUAUUAUCCAUCAGUUUUUCCAACCUUUCUUUUUACAGAAAAAUCGCAUCAGAUAUUUCGAUUACCUCCAAUCUUUGCCGUCAGUCGCCAAGUUCCUCAAAUGCCUCGAUUUGAGUCACAACAUGGUGCGUGCUUUAGCUCAAAUUUUUUUCUUCAACAUUUUGAUUUCAAAUAUGCUCUACUAAAGCAUCCAGGGAUAUGGGGAAUGUUGAUUUAGUCAUUAGAUUCAUGUUCAAAACGAGGAAGAAUUUUUGGCUUUUGUCUCAACAGAUAUUUUCAGCUUUGACUUUCUUAUCUCUUCCUCGGUCAAAAAUAAACUUUUUGCAGAUAACAGAUUUUUCGGAGCUGGAGAAGCUUUCUGGACUGCCGCUCAACGCCCUGAAUCUCGAAGGAAACCCGGGCUGUGAACUAAUCUCCUCGCAGUCCUCCUACAUCAGGUUCCCCACCAGCAGAGACGCCUUUUUCCCAUACUUUUCUCUUCUUUUCUCUCACUUUUUCUCGGAUUUAAUUUUGGUUGGAGCGGUCGUCACGUGGAGAUUCGCGACGGUCCUUUCCUCCACACGAACCGCUCAUUUCUCACUUUAAUUAUUCAGCACUGUCCAAAAGAGCUUCCCGCGAGUUUCGUUUCUGGUUAGUUUUUUUUUCUAUUUCUUUUGACUUCUGAGCACAGAAAAUUUCUCUGAAAAGAUGAUAAAUAGAACGAGAAUCACAUCAUUAUCACCUCUUGGAAGCGGUUGAUAGGAACUUUUUCAUUGCAUUCCGAAUUUUGUCUGUGUCAGCAAAAAAGCGAUAUACACAAAAAAAUGUUUUGGAUUUGAUUUUUGCCCGGAAGCCUAAAUCAUUUUAAUCAUGUUCAAGAGGAAAAUAAUUGAAAUUUGAGGAUGGAGCUGAAAUCCAGCCAUUGGUUUCGGGCUUGGAAGAAGAACCAACCUUGAAAAUGCCUUUCCGAGUAAUUUCAUCAUUUUGUUUGAAACGGCUUGUUUGAUCUGUUUAGGCUGGAUUCUACGUGGACGACAACUUGCGAAGUCUUAUUGAACUGUUCGUCAUCAAUUAUUUCAAUUUUUACGAUGGCGAAAACGGCGCCGUCACGAGAAAGAAUUUGGUGAACGCCUACGACGCAGACAACGUUCGUUCCAUUAUUCUCUCUCCGCAAUUACCUUAUUUUUAUUUCUUAAGUUUUUUCUGUUCUUUCGAUAUAACACUUUAUCACUUCUAAUUCAUGAGUUUCUUGUGACGAAAUUCUUUUUGUCAGUGUGAGUUUGAGCAUAGCUCAACUUCUGUUCCUUCAGAAAUGUAAUUUGAAAGAAAAUUGAAAGAAAAAUUUUCCUGUUGAAAAACUUUUUGCAGUCCACGUUCACUUUGUCGAUUGCCAACCUGCGCGACAUCGUCGGCGUCCGCUACCACGACGAGUAAAAUUUCCCGCUUUUCACUCUUUCAACUGUUUUUUUUAGCGAGUGCUACUCUUCCUACCUCAGACUUUCGCACAAUAUUUUGCGGGAAGAUAAAUUUGCACGAAAUCGGAGUCAACGCGUCAUCAAAGGUAAAUUGAUUAAAAUUUAGUUGCUGAGAAACUACUUUUUCAGUUUUGAAACUUGUUUUGAUGUAGGUAGUGCUUCAAAGUCCUACUUUUCAAAUAUUUUUUUUUGCCCAAAGUUCACAAAAGGUGUAUGGUUUUCGCGUACUGGUAAUCUGUCAGUCGAAUAUUCAAAAUUGUCUUCUGUUGUUUCUUUUUCUUAGCUUCUCUGGUCUUUUUUUUUGCGCAUUGUCUUUCAUUUUUUCAAAUUUUUUUAGGAUUCAGAAUUAUUAAUUAGAGUGAGAAUUUUCAUCAAAAUUAAAAUCACUGGAAAAUUUGAGGUGCCAUGGAAAUCGCGGUGGCUCUGUCAAAGUUGCCGAUAACCAACCACUACAAGGAAUCUUUUAUUGUCGACUGCUUCCUUGUUACAGUGAGUUUCAACUUUUCGUAAAUAAUUUAUUUUUUUAAACUCAUAAACUGGAAAUAUAUUUUCUCGCCAAUGAAAAACUAUGUUUUCAGAAGGAUCUUCUGGGAUUCACGGUUCAUGGCCUUUUUGAAGACGGCACAAAAACUUCUACUGUGCCAAAGCUUCAAAUGUUCACUAGAACUUUCAUCGUCGCAGCUAGAGGACCGAAGUACGUGGGGAAAACGCACCUAUUGGUGCCGCGACGCGCUGAGAGAAGGCGAUAGGCGUGUGGCGCAGUGACAGAGUGCCAGAGUAACGCUGGCGAGGUGGGGGUUCGAGUCCGCGCCUACUCACGAAAACUUUGCAAAUUGUCCACUUGAUGUCAACCAAUGUGCGUGAGCAGGCCGCUUUGAUCGCCGAAUGUCAUAGUUACACUGAUGGGUUAAAUUUGCAAUUUUGCCGUAAUUUGUUAUUUAGCAAAAACUCAAUUUCUGUCCCUAUUGCGAAAUAUGGUAUAUAAAAACGCUAACACACGUUUUUUUUGAUAAACAUUAAUAUUUUAUGCCUGAUUUUAUUUUUUCGUUUUCAGUUCGGUUGCGGCUAUUUCCGACAGUUUGUUCAUCAGUGCAGCACUUCCUGAACGUAUUGCACGAUACAAAGCUCUUCUUGACAAGGUAAAAAAGCUAAUUUUUCAAAUUUAUCUUUUUUCUCAGGGUACUUCCUCCGGUAGCGCCACAAUGGCUGAUAGUUUCAACAAUCCUGCUGCGUUGUCCACAACGGAUGUAAGUUUUAUCUCACCUACCAAAAGUACUAGCCGUUGAAAAACUAUUAGAGUUUUUGUUUUGAGGCUAUCGACGGUCUGGUCCUGAACGAAGAUCAACAGAAGAAAGAACAAAUGAUAGCAGCGCUAUGUCAGUUCAGCGGGAUGGUGGUCGCCUGGAGUUCCAAGUGCCUGGAGGACUCUAACUGGGACUUUGAGGCCGCACGCAAGAUCUUUAUAGAAUACAAAGACCGCAUCCCACGAGAAGCCUUCGUUGUAACUUAA